AUGAUACCUUUAAUUAAGGAAGGAAUUAACCCAAAACAAGCUCUAUUAAAUCCAAACUCUUUAGCAACUCUCCAGUUUCUCUCUAAAAUUCACAAUACUUCUAAGUGUUAUAACGUUUUAUGCGUUUCGUUGAAUAAUUCUUCUCAAAAAUUAUAUUUAUUUUGUGUUGUAAAUGAUGAAUUGGAAGAAAAUGUAAUUGCUUUACCAAAGUGGCUAUCGUUAACUUUCAACAAAGUGUUCAAUAGUGAUGAGUCUUUGGAAAACGUUAAUGUUCAUCCUUUAGAUAUAUCAAUAGAUGAUUUACCCAUUGUAAAGAAAAUUUCUUUGAUAAAAAUGUAUGGUGAUGUUUGGAUACCUUCCAGUAAAUCAUUAAAUUCUUCGUAUAUGCAAUCAUCCCAAAGAGCAAAAUCAUAUAAACCGGAUUGGCAUGAAUUAAUUUUAAGCCAUUUUGACGGACAAAUGGUAUCCAAUAAUUCGUUAUUAUCUGAUGUUAUUAUGGAUCAAAUUUGUGUGUUUCGUGUAGUAUGUGUAGAAUUAUCUUAUAAUGAUGAAUCUCUCCCUGUACUUAAAGUGCAGGAUUCAUCAUUAAUCGCUAAGAUUGAUCAACAUGAAACAGAAGUUGAUAUUACAUCAUCAUUUUCUCCACGUCAAUUAUCACCGAUCGUAGGAUUUACUAAUGAAUUUGAUUCUCUUUAUCAAAUUAUAAGUGAUUCAUUUUUGAACACUGAAAUUCAUAGAAAACUCGGAAUACCGGAAACAAGAACAUUAUUAAUCAUAGGUUCACACGGAAGUGGUAGAAAAUCAUUAAUACAACAUGUUUGUAAUAAAUUAUCAGCGACAUUAUUCAUGAUAUCAUUAACAACAAUGAUAAUAAAGCAUGAUAUGUUCGAAAAUAUCGAUGAAGAUGAGGAGAAUCCAUUGAGAAUUAUGUUUACAAAGGCUAUGUUAUCUAUACCUUCUGUCAUCGUAAUAAAAGAUCUUGAUGCUCUUGCUGUUAGCGAGCAGGGUUAUUCUAUAGGUGAAUGGAGAACUAAAGUUAUUAAUCUGUUGGUGAGAGAAAUUCGAGACAUUCACAAGGCUGAACAGGUGUUUGUGAUUGGUAUUACAUGCGAUAAAUCCAAAUUACCAAGAGAAUUACGUAAAAUUGAAAUAUUUCAACAUGAUUUAGUCUUAUCAAUACCGUCAAGGAAACAACGUGAAGAAAUAUUAAGUUUCUAUUUGUCGAAAUUAAAAUUAUCUUCCUCAUGUCACCAAAUGAUGAAUAGUUAUAUUACAAAACUUGGUCUGAUGACUUCAGGAUAUGUACCAAGAGAUUUAAAGGAAUUAUGUAGAUUGGCGAUGCUACGAUCGCUUAAUAAUUUCAAUAAGAAAGCCAGUAAUGAUGUGGAUCUAGUUGAGGAUAUGGCAAAGCUUACGAUUAAUGAGAACGUAUCAAGCAAUGAUGAUUACGCUGGGCAUGUAUAUUUGAAAAAUAUUCAUGAUCUCGAUAUAGAAAAAUCUAUCAUAAAAGAUAUUAAACAAAGCAUUCUUUUUUUUAGUUUAUCAGGAAUAAUUUCAUGGAAUGACUUCGAAUAUGCUGUGUCUAUCAUAUUUCCAUCGCAAAAAAUUGAAUUUGAAUCAAUUUUACCACAACGAAGAUGGGAUGAAAUUGGCGGGUAUGAAGGUAUAAAAAAGAAGAUAAAACAAAUUGUAGAAUGGCCAAUUAUUAAACAUGAAGCUUAUAAAAGGUUAGGCGUUGAGCCACCAUCAGGAAUACUACUUUAUGGAUGUGGAAAAUCUAUAAUGGUACAAGCAUUAGCUACUGAAUCCUAUAUGAAUGUUAUUUGUAUUAAUGGACCAAAGAUUUACUCAAAAUAUUUAGGAGAAACCGAAAAUGCCAUAAGAAAUUUAUUUAAAAGAGCAAGACAAAUUAUACCAUGUAUUGUAUUUAUUGAUGAAUUAGAUUCUAUAGCAUCAAGAAGAGAAUUUGGCAGUGACGGUACAAACAGAAUUAAUGAAAGAGUAUUGAGUACUUUAUUAAACGAAAUGGAUGGUAUACAAGAAUUGAAGCAAGUUUUCGUUAUUGGAUGCACAAAUAGGCCUGAUCAAAUUGAUGAUGCAUUGCUUAGACCAGGCAAUGAACUGAUCAAGUAA